UGUUCCACACGGAAUGGAAAGAAUUCACCGGCGAAAUUGUGGAUCAACCUUCCGAACUCGCAAAAACAAAACCGGUCGCACAGCGAAGUGUCAUCUAAUGAAAAAUAUUACAAGUAUAAAAGGUGACAUCGGGGCAGCAAGUUCAGUACACAUUUACAUCAGUUCGACCUAAAAACACCUCAAGUAAAGUCAACCUGCCAGCAAUCAUGAAAAUCGCAGCAGUUCUCAUCCUAGUCAUCGCCUGCACAAGUCUAACCACCGCUAAACCUACGUUGCUUUUGAAAAAAUUGAAACUGUACGCACUGCCUCGCCUACUCAACGGACAGUCUUCUCCUGCCGCUGGCAUCGCGGAAUUUUUCAGCCUGCCGAAGUUGCCCAGCAUCUACAUUCCCUACCCAUUUUCGGCGCUCUUCAAACCAACUGAACCAGCCCCGCCCGUGAUCUACCAUACGGAAGAAGAAACCCUGCCGUCGUCACCCAUCCCGGAAGUCGAAACCGUCCCGGUCGAGCUGCCCGAAGAUCUAGAAGCUCCGGCCCCGGUUCCCGAAGAACUCGAGGGCGCUCCACAGGUACCCCACGAAGAACUCGACACCGUCCCCCAUGUGCCUCAGGACCUUCCCAACGAGAUCGAUAUCCGUGGGCCCGUUUACAUUGCGGAAACACCCGGCGUCAAGCAUCAGGCACUCCUGCCAGCUGGAUACAGCCAUUCGGUAAUUAUUCAGAAUCUCGCCCCAGCCCCUGGAACUGUGGGUUAACUGGAAGAUCCGUUCCGACUGGUCGUUGAGAUGCUUUUAUUUAAAGUUGUUAUGUGAACAUUUUUGUUGAAUUAAUAAAAAUCAAAAUAUUGUGAAUUGAAUUAUUUAUGUAA